UUCUUCCCCAUCCUCAUCAUCCUCCUCUCUCUCACUUCACUCACUCUCCUCACUUUCCUUAAAGACCCUCUCUUUCCGUCUCUCUCACCCCCCUCUCUCUCCUCGUCUUCACCCACCUUCACCUCCUCCUCAGUGUCAUCAGUCGCCCGGCGCGCCUUCCAUAACACUUUCACCACAACACUACCGCCUCACACUUGUAGGCCACCACUCUCUCGCGUCUUCACCACCGCAAGGAACCCCCUUCUACUCAAACAACCCCAACAAACAAAACAAACAAAUAGCAAACAUGCUCUUCGCUGCUACCUCCAUCCUCGCUCUUGCGGGCCUCGCCCAGGCCCAGGAUGUCCUCUUCACUGGCACCAACUUCCGCGCCACUGUCUACUAUGACCUCGACACGGCCACAGACAUUUGCGCUCAGAAGAACGGCGGGCCGUUCGCCUCCAACUGGGCUGUCGACACGGGCAUCAACGGCGGCGUUACCUACUGCCAGGGCUCGACCUCGACCGCUUGGACUCUUGACUCGCUGCACACCAACCGUAUUGUCGCCAUGAACUACACUAUGGUCUCGGGAGACAAGGAGAAGUGGUGCGGAAAGGAGGUCCAGAUCUUUGGCCCCGACGGCAAGGAGAUUACCAUUGACGAGGGACCGUUUGUUCUCUUCGACGGAUGCGCUGCGUGCAUGUCGACGGGCAUUAUCGACCUCUCGGCCAAGGCUUUUGCCGCCGUCAAGGGCGGUACCUGCGCUGGUAACAACCCCGAGGGCCUCACUAUCAAGGUUCUCGGCAACAACGUUUCGCCCUCUGGCAGCGUUGGUGGUGGCUCGCCUCCCGCCACUGCCGCCCCUCCCGCUCCCACCGCCUCGUCCACCCAGGCGGCCCCUGCCCCCUCGUCUACCUACUCGGUCCGCGGUGCCAACGCUUGGUGGUCGGGCUCUUCGUCGGCUGCUCCCUCGGCUGGUGUCACUGCCGCCGUCGAGCUGAACGCCGCUGUGCCCCCUCCUUCCAACGACCCCACCCCCUCGCCCACGGCUGCCCCCGUUGGUGCCAACGACGCUGCUGCCGCCGCCGCUUCGCCCGACGCCGCCUCUACCACUUUGUCUGCCGCCCCCACGACUACCGCUGCCGACAAGCCCUCGAGCGCUCCUGCCCCCGAGGCUGCCGCCCCGGCUCCCUCGUCCCAGGCUCCUGCUGUCGCUGCGCCUGCCGCCGCCCCCUCCCCCGUCUCGGCUGGUGCCUGCCAGUUCGGUACUUGGGCGUGCAACGGCCUCAAGAUCCAGGUCUGCAACUUCAUCGACACCAAGAACGUCGGCUGGGAGACGAUUGCCACUUGUGACAACGAGUGCAGCUUCACAAACACCGGCAGUGUCAUCUGCCAGUAAGCUCAACGCUUGAUGCGUUGCGCUGUUCUGGGACGACCACACUGUACCACCUUAUGGCCUCUUACUUCCCUGUAUUAUUCUUUAACACGGUUCCACGACCAUCCGCGUCCUGGUGGCACGGAUACCCACACGCCAAAACAUUGCGAUGGACGACCCUAUGAGACUGGAUUCUCGCAGCGCGUCGGAUUGCUUGCUACGUGUGUGUGUGGAACCCCCCCCCCCCCCUCUCUCCCCAGUGGAGGAUCCAACGGCAGUGCCGUGGACCCGCGGGUGUACCUCGAUGAGUGGUUGAUCCCCCUCGUGGCUGUACCUAGCGGUUGUUAUGCACUGUGAAUAUCAUUUGAGA